AUGGCUUUGGUCGCUGGUGAGAUACUGUUGCAGAUGGAUCCUGCCAACGCCGUCUUGGACCCAGCGACUACUAUUGCGCAGGAAGAACUACCUCUACUGGCCUUUCAAAACCUUACUCUUGCCCCACGCCCAAUUCGUCCGGGUUACGAGAUGGUCGGUCCGGCAGUUAAGGAGCCUACGUCGGUGCAGGUGUCUCGGCUCGCGUCACUCUCCGCUAGGCUUUCAUCGUUAGAGCAAGCGACGCUAGAGCAUAACUCAAGACUUGACAAACUCCGAACCGACGUGAACGACAUAAAGCAGGCUCUGGUACCUCCGGCGGACUCCGUUGUGUUGGCAUGCCUAGUGGACCGCUUCUUGCAUAAGCGGGGUUUCUCACCACUUGAACCUGAUCAGAGAAAGGCAUGGGUCCAGUCCAAGAUCAACGAGCUUUCGCAGGCCUGCGGGAUUUCUCUGGCUAAUAUCGUGGAAUUUAUGAUUGUCCACGCGUCAAGGGUUGAGCGAGGAAUGCUCUACUCCUUCCCGUCCAAUACCGUUGCACGCGCCAUCACUAGCUCGAAGAUUGCUUCUGCUUCCGAAUAA